AUGGGAGACGCUGCGCCCAAUGGCCAUCAGAACGGGGUCUCUGCCGACAAGCUCACAGACACCGCCCCCCAGCUCUCUACAACUGCUCCCAUAGCGAUUGUGGGCAUGAGUUGUAGAUUCGGCGGAGAUGCAACCAGCCCAUCCAAGCUUUGGGAUCUUUGUGCAGAGGGAAAGGACUCGUGGACACCGAUUCCCCUUGAGCGAUUCGAUGCUGCGGGCUUGUAUGAUGAGAGAAAGGGAAAGCUUGGCCGCCACUUUGUUCAAGGCGGAUACUUCCUCAAAGACAUUGCCUCGUUCGAUUCGGCAUUCUUCAGUUACACUACAGAUGUAGCAAAUGCUAUGGAUCCUCAGAUUCGCAUGCUGCUGGAGAGUGUUUACGAGAGCGUGGAAGACGCUGGAAUACCCAUUGAGAGGUUGUCCGGGUCCAAAACAUCUGUUUUUGCGGGCAGUUUUAACACCGACUACUCGGACAUGACGAUCCGCGACCCUGAGACGAUACAACCAGCUUACAAGACCGGCAACGGUAUUGCUAUGUUGUCGAAUCGAAUAUCUCACUUUUACAACUUCCAAGGGCCAAGUGUGACCAUCGAUGUUGGCUGCUCGACAGGGUUGGUAGCCCUUCACCAGGCAUGUCAUUCUUUACGGUCAGGAGAGUCUGAUGUUGCGAUUAUCGGGUCAUCACUGGUGUGUCUCUCACCAGACGUCUUUAUCGCCAUGACAAAGGCUGGUGUUUUGGGGCCCACGGGGAAGUGCUUUGCCUGGGAUGAACGCGCCGAAGGUUACGGUCGUGGGGAGGGAGUAGCAUCGCUUGUGCUCAAGCCACUAGACCACGCGCUUCGUGAUGGCAACACUGUGCAUGCCGUUGUGCGGGAAACGGGGGUGAACCAGGAUGGCAAGACGUCUACAAUCACGUCGCCGUCAAUGGCUGCGCAGGUAAAGCUGAUCCAAGAGGUGUACCGGCGCGCUGGUCUGGAUCCGGGAGAGACGGGCUAUGUCGAGGCGCAUAUGACGGGCACGCCUACAGGUGAUCCCAUCGAGGCGGAGGCGCUGGCUCGCACGUUUGGGGCGUGCCGUACAGCCCAGGAUUCAGUUCUGGUCGGCUCGGUGAAGCCUAACAUAGGCCAUACGGAGCCUGUGAGCGGGCUGGCUGCCAUCAUUAAGACCGCCUACACAUUAAAGCUCGGACUUAUCGCGCCCAACGUCAACUACGAAAAGACCAAUCCCAAUAUUCCCCUUGACAAAUGGCGGUUAAAGGCAAGGAGCUUUGUACCCACAACCCUCUUGCCCUGGCCUUCGGACAAGGCACGGCGAGCAUCCGUUUCCAACUUCGGAUAUGGAGGCGUCAAUGCUCAUGUAAUCAUGGAGGCGGCGCCGGAACAGAGAGAAGUGGCUUCCGUGCGCAGCAGCAGCGGUGGCCAUCGGAAUGGGGAAGAGGAAGCCCAUCCUGCUUCUCUCGUAUAUAUUGUCAGUGCCAAGGACGCGGUGGCUGCCCAGAAGAUGAACCAGAACCUGGCCAGACACAUCCGCGAAGCAGCCAUGCUCGGUACCGCGCCGCCAUCGCCUAUCGACCUCGCUUUUACCCUGGCGGAGUGUAGGUCCCGAUUUCCCUGGCGCACGGCUGUUCAUGCCCAAAGUCUGGCCGAGCUGGCUGAUCUCCUCGAUGACCCGAGCCGCAAGGUGUCGCGGGCCGGCCGAAAACCCCGUCUAGGGUUCGUCUUUAAUGGCCAGGGCGCACAGUGGCAUGCAAUGGGCCGCGAGCUCAUCCAGACUUAUUCAGUUUUCCGCCGCUCACUACUGGCAGCCGAUCAGAUCCUGAGGGAUUAUGGGGCUUCAUGGUCACUACAUGAGGAGCUUCUGCGGGAUGAAAAGACUACCCGCGUCAACGAGAUCUGUCUAAGUCAACCAAUCAGUGUUGCCCUUCAGCUCUGUCUGGUAGAUCUGCUCUCUUCUUGGGGUGUCACUCCCUCAGCUGUGACCAGCCACUCCAGUGGAGAGAUCGCAGCAGCCUAUGCCGUCGGCGCGUUGACCUUCCAGCAGGCACUGGGGGUGGUCUACUUUCGCGGCGUGCUGGCGCAGAAGCAUCACGAGCGAUCAGGGGUCGCGGGUGGCAUGCUUGCUGCGGGCAUCGGCGCAGAUGGGGCGGCAGAGUACAUCAGGGACACCGCACAAGGUACCGUGGUGGUGGCUUGUCACAAUAGCCCCGAGAGCGUCACAAUAUCGGGCGACCUGCCUGCCAUUGAAGAAGUGGCUGCACGUCUAAGCGACAACAACAUUUUUGGGCGUAAACUGAACGUACCCCUGGCGUACCACUCACACCAUAUGGCAGCCAUGGCCCAGGACUACACCGACAAGCUGAGAGAGAUCCUCACCCCCGCGCCAAGAACCUGGAGAGGAGCACUCUUCGCAUCUCCAGUGACAGGGGAUGUAAUCAACUCUCCCAAGGCUCUUACGCCUGAGCAUUUUGUUCGGAACCUGGUGAGCCCCGUGCUCUUCUCUCAGGCCUUCGAGCAGAUGUGUUUCGGUUCCGCCGCGGCGUCCGACAAGAAGAUACCAAGUCCAACUGAGCAGCAACAGCAGCAGGCCAAUGUCGAUGUGAUUAUCGAGAUAGGAGCACAUGGAACGCUCGCCGGUCCUAUCCGCCAGAUUUUGAAGCAACGUCGUAUACCUUACAUUUCCUGCCUGAAGAGGGGGAGCGAUGCAAUGCAGACAAUGCAGGAGGCCGUGUGCGCACUGCUUGCGCAUGGCUGUCCCGUGUCUCUGGUAGCUGUGAAUGGACAUGGGGCCGGCACCUACCUCCAGGGCCUUCCUUCGUACGCAUGGAACCACAAGACACCGCAUUGGAUCGAGUCUCGGCUGUACCGCGAACAUCGCUACAAGCGAUUCCCGCCACAUGAGCUGCUCGGUAGCCCAGUCUCCGGUUCUAACUGGCAGACGCCAACAUGGCGAAAUUUCCUGCGCCAGGCGGACAUCGAGUGGCUGACGGACCACAAGCUGGGGGCCGACACUGUCUUCCCGGGAGCUGGCUAUGUGGCCAUGGCCAUAGAGGCAGUACGUCUGGUGACGGAUCCGACUGAGGAGGCCAUUGCAGGCUACCGUCUGCGCGGAGUUGACAUCAUCAGCGCACUUGUCAUCCCAGACACGGCUAUGGGCGUCGAGAUUCAGCUUGUGCUGCGCCCGUGCAGCGAGAAAGAGCUGGAGCACAAAGGGUGGUUCGAGUUCGAGGUCUGGUCUGUCUCGGCCACAGACAACUCUUCCUCAUCGUCGUCGUCGUCGUCUUCGUCUCCGUCGUGGGUCCAGCAUUGCAAGGGCAGCAUCACGGCUGAAAGGACUAGCAAGACGGGCGAGACAGUAACCAGGUUUGUCCCUCCAGCGCCGCGCGCUGACUCCUUCUUCUUGGCAUCGUCCGAGCCUGUGCAAGAAGUCGAGCCUGAACGGGUGUUUUUGGGGCUCCGCGCUAUGAACCUUUUUCACGGGCCCGUCUUCCAAAACCUAAUCCGAAGUCGUCGAGGUGCUGGGCCGGCCCCCCAGUCCGUCACCACCUUGGGCAUCUCUCCCGUCGCCGCCCAGGGUCGGCCAGACUACGUGCUGCAUCCCACCACGCUGGACUCGCUCAUUCAGGCGGCCUAUGUAUCCAUUCCACAGUCCACGCAGGUGCAGUCCAUGGUAGUGCCACGCAACAUACGUCACUUGUAUGUGCCGCGCCAGCUCCAGCGCCAGGCCGGUGACAAAAUCACCGUCUUUGUCAACCUGUUAAAGGCGGAUCGCCGGGGUGCCGAGGUGACUGCCGCUGCGGUGAACGGCGAGGGAGACGACGACGAUAACAACGCGGACACGCCCCAGCUGCUGUUGGAGGGUCUGUAUUGUCAGGCUGUGCCGUUGGAGAGCGACGGUUCGUCCGAAAGCCAGCCCUCGGCGAUAUGUUCCCAAACCCGCUGGGAGGUGGAUGUCACAGCAGGUGGGGUCCCAGCUGCAUUCAAGAAGGUCAUUCAGGCCCCUGUAGACGAGGAAGACGUCGAUUUUGAGAAAAAGCUCGACAGGGUCUCGUUCAAUCUCAUACAGGACGCCCUCAGUCAGCUUUCUCCGGCAGAAGAUCAACACAGCUGGCCCGCUCACCUCCAGAGGCUCUAUGCGUGGAUGCAAUCUGUUGUGGUACGUGGGCAGGCCGGCAAGCUCGGACCGGGCAGCCGUAACUGGUUCAAGAGCAACGCUGGCCUCAGACAGCGUCUAGCAGACGAUGUGGCAGCCGAGAACGCCGCAGGACGGUUGCUUGUGCGGGUAGGCCAACACCUCGCCGACAUUGUGCGCAGCCAGGUCGAACCCGGAGCACUCUUACAGCGCGACAGCCUCCUGGAAGAAUAUUACGAGGAGCUUCCACGUCUGCGGAAACGCAGUUACAUACACCUGCAGCGCAUCGUUGCACAGUAUGCCGUCAAGACGCCCGGUGCUCGUGUGCUUGAGAUUGGCAGGCAUUCUGGAGCGGCCACGGCAAGAAUGUUGGAUGCCUUUGCGGCGCGGGCUGAGGAGGGAAGCACAGGCACACUGCUGGGCCACUAUGACUUAUCCGAUAUCGCAGAGGAUCAGUUCGAGGUCGUGAAACAAAAUUGUACGCCCUGGGAGGCACUGAUAGGGUUCAAGACCCUCGACAUUCAAUCCGACACUGGCACCAAGGAUUUGGGCUCGACCGCACACAGCUACGAUCUCAUCGCGGUUGUCGACAGUCUGCAGGGCGCGGUAGACCCGUCAAAAAUACUGAAAAAUAUACAUGACCUGCUGAAGCCGGGCGGCAAGCUGGUGUUGGUCGAGAACACUCGCACCAGGCUGGACACACAGCUGGUGUUUGGCGUGUUGCCAGGUUGGUGGCGGCACGCUGAGCACGAGGAGAGCCCCAUUCUCGCUGUCGAUGGAUGGGAUGAACUCUUGAAGAAGAGCGGCUUCUCUGGGGUGGAUCUGGAGGUUGGAGACUGUGAGGACGCGCAGUUCCAGGCCACUAGUGUUCUCCUCACCACUGCUGUUGCCGACUUCUCCACACCAUUACCACCAACUAUACCGCCAGCCUUCCCGACUGCAGUCUCUGUUGUCUACGCUGAUGACAGCCCGCCAGCCGAAGAAUGGCUCUGUGCGCUGAAGACCGAUGUGGCGACGAAGGUGGGACCGGCCGUUGUCACUAUUGAACCACUCAGCAAUGUCCAUGCCCAGCCAGAAACGACAUACAUCUUGACCCCUGAGAUGGCAGCCCCCUUCCUGCAUGACAUAGAGUACGAGCCUUUUUCCAAGCUCAAAGAGCUCUUGACCCAGGGACAAGGCCUGCUCUGGCUGAGCAGGAGCAGCAUCAUCACGGCCUCAAACCCCCUAUUUUCCCAGUCAGUCGGUCUGCUGCGCACCGCCAAGCAGGAAGAUACCACGAAGCGCUAUAUAUACCUGGAUUUCGAGGCUACGACGGAGGAUCCUUGGUCGGUCGCUACCAUCCCUCACAUCACGCAUGUCCUGAGGCAUAGUUUCGAUGCUAGUAGAGACAAUGCGGCUAUCGAGUGGGAGUAUGCCGUGAAGGACGGGAUGCUACACGUUCCUCGUGUCUAUCCCAACACGGUAGAAGACCGCGUCUCGGGCCUGACGCAUCAUGAUCCGGCACCAGUGGAGCAGGCACUUUGGCAGCCAGGGCGUCCUCUGGUGUGGGAGACAGUGCAGACGGCAGGGACCCUCAGUGGCCUGUACUUUACAGAUGACAAUCUGGCCAGGGAACCGGACCUCCCUCACGGCAAGGUGGAGAUCGAGACAAGGGCCAUGGGGGUCAACUUUCGCGACAUCAUGGUGGCGUUGGGUCAGAUCGACGAGACGCGUCAUAUCCACGACGCCGCUGGCAUUGUCACGCGCCUCGGCCCAGGGACGGAAGCCAGCGGCCUCAAAGUCGGCGACCGGGUCUGUGGCGUGCUGGACGGUCGGUUUGCCACACACCCGCGCGCACCUUGGACAAGCCUGGCCAGGAUCCCUGACGAUGGCAUCUCGUGGGAAGAGGCCGCCUCCCUGCCCAUGGUCUUCCUGACAUCGUACAUUUGUCUGUUUGAUCUGGCGCGCCUGAAGCCGGGCGAGCGUGUUCUGAUCCACGCCGGAAGCGGCGGCGUGGGACAGUCUGCCAUCAUGCUUGCACAGCACGCAGGGGCUGAAGUUUUUGUCACGUGCAGCAGCGAGGCCAAGCGCGAGCUGGUCAUGACACAAUACGGCCUAGAAGCAGACCAUAUCCUUUCGAGCCGGGAUGCAUCGUUUGCUGCAGCGAUCCUGGCGCGCACUGGGGGUGUGGGCGUCGAUGUUGUCAUCAACUCUCUGUCAGGGCCUCUCCUCAAAGCCACGUGGGAAUGCAUGGCUCGAUUCGGCCGGUUUGUCGAGAUCGGAAAGGUAGACAUAGAGGCAGCACGGCGUCUUGACCUCACGCCACUGACACGGUCUGCCAUGAUCUGCGGCUUUGACUUGACCCAGCACUGCGCCUUCGAUGGUCCUGCUGUGCACCGCGCGUGGCAGGCUCUCUUGUCGCUCUGGGCCGAGGGGGCCAUCCGUGCUGUGCACCCUAUCGUCACAUACCCUAUUGCGGACAUGGAGCUGGCCAUGAGGCGGAUGCAGCGCGGUGCACACAUCGGCAAGCUGGUCCUCGUGCCGGGCCAGGAGGCACAGGUCAAGGUCCUCACGCGGUGCACCAGCCUGACAGCAGACCUGAGCGACCCCGACAGUACCUACCUGAUUGUGGGCGGCCUGGGGGGUAUCGGUCAUGCGCUGGCAGAGUGGAUGCUGCGCCGUGGGGCACGACACAUUCUCGUCGUGUCGCGCAGCGCCGAGUCCCACCCAGAGGCGGCUUCGCUGGUCGCCCGUGGCUUGGCACAAGGGUGCCGGGUGGUGGUGCGAAACUGCAAUGUGGCGCGCGAGAGCGAGCUGGUGCAGCUGUUAGCGGACUGCGCACAAGACGGCCUGCCACCUGUUCGCGGCGUGAUCCAAGCGGCCAUGGCCCUUCACGAUACCGUUCUCGAGCGACUCACAUUUGAGCAGUGGCAGGGCGGCAUCCAGCCCAAGGUGGACGGCACCCUGCACCUCCACCACCACCUGCCCGACCUGCGCUUCUUCGUCAUGCUGUCGUCCCUCACUGGGGUCAUAGGCCAUACCUCGCAAGCCAACUACGCUGCUGGCAACACCUUCCAGGAUGCACUGGCCCGCCACCGUACUGCGCAGGGCCUGCCCGCCGUGUCGAUUGAUCUGGGCGCCGUCGGAGACGUGGGCGUCGUUGCUGCGUCGGGUGACAGCAUGCGUGACCGCGUGGAGCGGACCCUGGGUGCCAAGAGCAUUCCCAUCGGACGGGUUCUGGAGCUGAUCGAGGGUGCGGUGUGUCGGCCGCUUCGAGAUGAUCCAAAUACCAGCCAGGUGAUUACAGGCAUCGCAGAGUACGACAAAAUUCCCGAGGGCACGCCCGUCAAGCAGGACCGCCGGUUUGCUACUCUUAGGCUGGCUAGUGCGGUAGGUGCGAUGACGGCGGGAGCCCCGGGCGUCACUGCCGCCAAGCGAAGCCCGGACGAGGUUCUGAGGCAGUCGCUGGCGGAGACGGCCCCUUCCAGUCCCGAGGCGCGCACACUUGUGGCAGGUGCCUUGACGCACAAGCUCGGGUCGCUCUUCAACCUGGCGCCGGCCGAUAUCGAUACGAGCGCAAGCUUAUCGGCUGUGGGUGUAGACUCGCUGGUCGCCGUCGAGCUGCGGAACUGGUUGAGCAGCGUUGUGCAGGCCAAGGUCACUGUUUUUGAGAUUCUACAAACCGCCACCAUCAGAGAAUUUGCCGAGCUCGUGGUUGGUCGCAGGCUCUGA